AUGGAGGUCUCCGGCUCUAAACGCCGUAAAACAAACGGGUUCGCGUACCCUCAUGUUCCAGCCACCGACAUGGAUAUAUUUCCUUGUGAAACUCCGGAUGAUCCGUUUUCGAUCCGGCUAGUGCCUUGUAUGUAUAUCCUAGCUUCUGAUCCACAGCUAGCUAGAUGGCUCCUUGGUGCUAAUCAAAGUAUAUUUAUUGUAGAUUCCCCGUCUAAAGACAGGUCGAAAGCGGAUACGUUUCGCGCGGAAUCAAUUACAAGUGUCGAUCAGCACAAUGAACGGUUCGUCAGAAGUCACCACCCCACUCUAUCCUCCAAGAAGAGAGUAUGGGUCUCGGAAUCCGGUUUCGGUGAGGCUGUAUGGCUCGUCGACUCGCCUAUUACUGGCGUCUAUGCAGGUGGACGACCCAUCCACUACUAUCCCGGGGAUCAUUGGGAGUAUAUUCCCAUGGGAAUUCUCACUCCGAGAUCCCCUGGUAAAUACAAUCAGCACUUUGAUCGAUACAUCAACCCAAGGCGACUCCUGAGACCCACUGAUCUUGACAGCCUUCGAGAACUGUUUCCAGAGGCUGUAGGUGUCGAGGUACUUAUUGCUGGUUUUAUGGUCGUUCUUUUCGAGCAUAUGCAAUAUGUGCACCAUGCGUACACUCAGCUUUGGCCAUUAGAGCUAGCCGGUCUCCGCGUAUACUUUGAUGUUGCCCGCUAUCAGCUGACAGCAACUCCCAUCGAAUCUGGCCUGGGUGUGAUUGCCGAUGUGGAUGGGCAGCACGACACUCGUGCAGGGUGCCUUGGACUCAAGGUCCAGCUGCAGAAUGGUUCCUGCGCCAUCACAGCCGUAACGCAUGGGUUUGUACAUUGCCCGGGGGAUUCGACACCGGCAAAUAUGAUGCAUUUGUUUCGGAUAAUGGUUGACAAGGCAAAAAAGUCGUUGAUGCGAUAUCUGCCCGUCAAGUUCGGCGAGGGCGAUGGUCCCUUCAUCGUUCCCAAAGGAGUGCUUACCAAUAACCCCGUGGGAAGAGAUGCGUGGCUUGCCUCUAAUAAUAAGAAGCUUGGAACCAUAACGCGCACGUAUGACCAGCCAAGCUAUAUCAAACCAUACCCAGCAGGGUACAGUCACGACCUCUCUCUAAUUUCUGACCCUGCGCUCCCAGAUUUAGUCAGCCCACCCGGCUAUCCAUCAAUAACCGGGUGGGCAGAUUACUCUGCUGCCCUCGACGGACAAGAGGUGUAUGUGGUCUGCCACCAGACGAACGUUGGGAGAUGGCGAAUGAUCAAGGGUAACUUGGAUUCAACCCUUUUCACGAGAGCUGCAGUUCUAGGCACAGGAUACACAUGGAACAGAGAGGAUAAGUCUCAAAAUGCGUUCUUACUGUGGCACACGGGUGCGGAGUACGCACCAGCUGAUGGCUGGUCGGGGGCCCCUCUUUGUCUUGGUCGGCCAUCGGAUACGGCCGCGAAAGCGGUGGUCUUCCAGAAUUUUCAGCAACCUUGCCUCCUUGUCAGUCAGCCCGAGGUAGACAAACAGGAUGCCAUGAUCAAAGCGGGCUUUCUUCUCCCACAAGACAUAAAGAACUCAACCAUACUUAAUGGGGAGAUCGAAAAUCCGAACAAGCCAUUCAACACACUGCCAGCGGCAAACUGGAACUUGGAUGAGCUCGAAUCUCGACGACGCAGUUUCUCUGCGAUUUAG